UCUCUCUCUCUCGGGGGUUUCUUUUUUACUCUCCUUUGCGGUCCUCCCUCUUCCUUUCUUCACUUUCUACUCAUGUGCAUUCAUCAUAGGCUAUACAAUAACUAUUGAACUUACCGUCUUCUUCGCCUCCUUCCUCUCUCCUUCCUCUCCUUGAACCCAAAACUCUUGCAUCUUCUCUUUUCAACAUUGUCCAUCAGGGCUAGUUUCUCAUACAUUUUCUACCAAGAAUGUCUAACCGAAGGUCGUCGAGCACGCAGUCAGGUACUCCCUCGAGAAUCACUGAUGAUCAGAUGAUUGAGCUCGUUUCCAAGCUCCGCCAGCUCCUUCCCGAGAUUCGCAGUAGCCGCUCUGACAAGGUUUCAGCUUCGAAGGUGUUGCAAGAGACGUGUAGCUACAUCAGAAGCUUGCACAGAGAGGUGGCCGACCUCAGCGAGCGACUGUCGCAGCUAUUGUCCACCGUUGAUGCCGAUAGUGCAGAAGCUGCCAUUAUUAGGAGCUUAAUCAUGUGAUCAGUAGCUCUCUUAGGGUUGGGAUUAAUUGCUAAUUUGCUUCUAUAUUAAUCUAUCUCUCUCACUAGGGCCUUGGUCUAUCUUUCUAUCUAGAUGAAACCCAGUCAGGAAAAUUUAGUUUGAUUUUGAUUAUCUUAGUCAGGAAUCUGUAUUCAAUGUAAUUUCGUGGGUAGUUAUGCAUAAUCAAUGUAACAAUGAUGCCGUGAGAGUACUUUGUUUUUUCUUCUUUUUUAAGCUUUGUCUGUUUUGUGA